AUGAAAUUUUCUUCCAUUAUCCUUGCUGCGAUACACAUAGCCGCGUGUGUAUCAGCAAGCCCAUAUUCAGAGUAUAUCCUCGCUCCCUCGUCGCGAACGAUCCGCCCUUGGGCAGUGUAUGGCUCCUUCGGGUCGGUAGCCAGGCCGCACUAUCUAUGCACCAACACCGGGCAGAAGACUGUCCUGAACGGCUUGUCUUCUGUGACAUAUGAUUUCGGGAAAAACAUUGCCGGGAUUGUCUCCAUUGACGUGGAGCAAUCCUCUUCGCCAGAUGCAGAUAUCAACCUCACGUUCUCCGAGUCGUCGCUGUGGAUCAGCAACAAGUCGAGCGACGCGACCGCGGACGAGGGACUGGAUGCGCCUCUGGUGUUGCCCGUAGGCGAAGGUGACGGAGUCUACAUGACCCGUCCCGAACAACAGCGGGGAGGAUUUCGAUAUCUGACAGUGGUCCAUAACUCGACUGGUUCCACGGUCCUGAGGGACCUGUAUGUCCAGUAUACGGCAGCCCCGGACCAGAACCUGCGAGAGUACACUGGCUACUUCCACUCCAAUGACGAACUGCUGAACCGCAUCUGGUACGCCGGAGCGUACACCGCGCAACUUGCGACAAUUGACCCAGCGUAUGGAAACUCCCUCACGGUGCUAGUCACAUGGCCUCCUGCACCGCCAUCCGAGUACAACAACUGGUAUAGCAACUGGACCAUCACGAAUGGAUCGACCGCUUUGACAGACGGGGGCAAACGUGACCGCCUUGUCUGGGGAGGAGACAUGACCAUCUCCCUCGAGACAGUGAUGGUCAGCACGUACGACCUGGAUAGUGUCCGAAACGCCCUGGACGCCAUGCUCGCCCUGCAGACAGUCGAGGGUCGACUACCUUAUGCAUCGACCCCGUUUCCAGAUCAGCCGAGCUUCACUUACCACCUACACACCUUGAUCAACUUUGCGGCCUACUACCAGUACACCGGCGACAGGGCCUGGCUUGCCACAAACUGGGGCAGGUUCAAAGAUGGGGUUGCCUGGGCCAUGGACAGCAUUGAUGCUACGGACCUCGCCUACGUCGCGGCCAACACAAGCUCCGAUUGGCUGCGGUCUGGAAUGGGCGGGCAUAACAUCGAGGCCAACGCAAUUCUCCAUGAAGUGCUCCUGGUCGGGACGCUACUCGCGGUAGAGAUGGAAGAUGGCCAGUUAGAGGCAGCGUGGACGCAGGCGGCCAAGAAGCUCAAAGCAGCCGCCAACACCCUCCUCUGGGACGAACAAGUCGGUCUUUUCCGCGACAACGAAACGUCGACCCUUUACCCACAGGACGGUAACUCUUGGGCAAUCCGAGCCAACCUGUCGCAAUCAUCCGCCCAGACCCGCGCUGUAUCCUCCAAUCUCCGCGCCCGCUGGGGCCCCUACGGCGCACCAGCCCCAGAGGCCGGUCCUAGCACCAUAUCCCCCUUCAUCGGCGGCUUCGAGCUCCAGGCCCACUACCUAGCCGGCCAGGCAAAGAGCGCGCUGGACCUCAUCCGUCUCCAAUGGGGCUUCAUGCUCGAUGACCCACGGAUGACCGGCUCGUCGUUCAUCGAAGGGUAUGCGACGGACGGGAGUCUUCGGUACGGACCCUAUGGCAACAAUGCGCGCAUCUCGCACUCACAUGCAUGGUCGUCUGGCCCAACGGCUGUUUUAUCACGCUAUACAGCGGGUAUCCAGGUUACGGGCGGAGGUUCGACCUGGACGAUGGCGCCGAGCCCGGGUGAUUUGCGUUCCGUCGAUGCGGGGUUUACGACUGCGUUGGGGAAAUUCAGCGUCAGCAUGAGGCUGGCGAAAGGUGGUUCGUACAGUUCCUUCAGUUUUACUGCCCCAGUAGGCACGCUGGGAACGGUCAGGUUGAAUGGCGUGCGAGGGCACCUCGUUUCGAGCGAUGGUCAGCGCAUCAGACUGGUAAAUGGCAGUGCGUCUGGUGUUGGGGGAGGUCGCUGGUUCUUGGUGCUUGGUUAA